AAUCAGCAGUUAGAGGAUCGAAGAAUACUGAACUUUCUCAAGGAUACAUCACAGCUGCACAAAAAGCUGGAAGUAAGUGGCGGACGCGAUUGCCCCAAUGCCAGCUUUUCGAAUCUGGCGCGUGAAGAACACUUUGCGAAUCUGGUGCACCAAAACUUUCCUCUAGAACUGGCCCAAGCAAAUGGAGGGGACAAUGGCUUAAUUACUGCCAAUAGCUCAGCCCCCGAGGAGGAUGGUAUAGAAUGCUUGGGUGCCGUUGGUAAAUCCCAGCCAGCUGCAGCAGAUACCGAUGAAAAUUUGGAGGCUAUGAUGCAGCGAAAGUUGUCGCUAGACAAGGAAGUAAAUGGUCUUGUGGUACCUUUGGAGCAACCUUUGCAGGCAAGCAAUCGGAUUGUAAGUCCGGUUUACAUUCAUCGCGAGUGGGUGCUAAAAAAAAUUGCGCUCUGCCUGGAGCAACGCACAGCUGGAAAAAAGGCAAUGCCGGGACUCCUAGGAGCUGCUAAAGGUGAGGCGCUGGGCGCCAGUGGUAGCAGCUAUGUCUCGGCACGUGCCAAAGCAGCCGCCAUUUCGACGUCCAGCUACAAUGGUUGCUUGGUAAUGGGAUCAAACGGCUCUGGCAAGACCUCUAUAUGCCAGGCUAUUAUGAAAGGAAAUUCCGGCACAAAAGGCAUACUGAAUCGAAAACUGCUGGCGUGCUAUCUUAUAGAAUCCCAGAAUCCCGAAUGUCACAGCCUAUCACUCUUCAUACGCAAGGUUGUGCUGCAGUUGCUAAGCCAUGCGUCGCUGAUUAACAAGGAUGAGAGCCAGAAAAUCAUCGAUGAGGGCUUCUCAUUUUUGCAGGAAGAGGUGCAGCAACAGGAGUCUAAGCUGGACGAGGCCAUGCACAAUAUAACGCUGGCCGAGAAUGCAGAGGAUCUUCUAAUCGAAGAGCUAAAGCGGGGUGCCAGCGAAUUGGAUACGAAAGAGCUCGAUAAUUUUCAAGCUAGACGCACGUCGACAUCCAACAAGCAAAAGUCUAGUCUAACACGACAGCAAUCGGAGCCGGCGCCAGCAGCAACCGUAGAGGAGUCGGUAGAGAAUUUGGAUAAGGCUAACAACUAUGGAACGCAUCCACCCAAGCGCGGGCAUAAGGAGCGUGAAGAGCAGGACAAGGAUAAGGGUAGUGAGAAGGAGCAGAAACAGGCUCUGGAAAAAGAAACACCCUCACAAUCGGCUAAGAGUAGUCCAAGUGGCAAAUCCAAAUCCAAAAUUCCUGUCAAAAGAGGACGCAGCAGCGGUCUAUCUUUCCCGGCCAAGGUGAUCACUACGACCGCAAUUACUUCCAAUGGUCAAGCUAUACAGCAGGGCGGCGGCGAGGAUAUUGCCGAAAUGGUUAGUGAACAGCUUAAAAGCGAAAUAGAAGCGGCCAUCAAUGAAGAUGAAGACAAAGAAGCCGAAAUGGCAACGAAAGACAAUGAAGAUCAACCCGAGGCUGAUAAAGAUUUUGCCGAGAAACAAACAUCGAAUGAAGAGGAAGCAAAGAAGGAGGCUAUAGGUAACAACGAAUCACAGGAGGAUACCGAACUAAGUUUGGAAAAACCCAUUCCCCGGGAGACACAGGCCCUUAGCUCACCCAAGCACGAUGCCUUACCGCCAACGCCUGGCCAGAAACCACGCAUCCAUACCAAUACCCUUCCCCCGCCUUUGCCGAAGACAAAAAGUUGUCGCACUGUCAUCGCUGAUGGCUAUUAUGAGCUAUUGCUUUCGAACCCUGAGAUACUACAAUGCUUAAGUGUUGAUAACAUUGAGAAAAAUACAGACGAGUGCUUCAAGAAGACUCUCCUAUUUCCAUUGCUGGAGCUAACACCACCAAAGACAGCCCUUCUCCUACUGAUCGAUUCCAUAGACGAAAACUACAUAAACGAGGGAAACUUAAUAACGACAUUAAAGGGUGGACGUGGUACAGCCACCAACCACAAGAGUCGCAACGUUGCCGAACUACUCUCCAAUCACAUUCACCUCUUUCCCAAGUGGCUUUUCCUGGUCUGCACCACCAAGAAGCAAACCAAACAGAUUACCAAAAUGUUUACUGGCUUUAAAAAGAUCACGCUGGAUGAUCUGCGUAAGUCUCAUGUGGUUAAGGAUGUGCAGGAGUACAUUAUAAAUCGACUAAACUCAGACUUUAAGGACAGCAUCAUGCUGACCAAGGAGAUCAUUGAGUCAUUGCAUCAACUCUACAUUAAAUCCAACGGUUCUAUUCUUUAUUUGGAGAAGGUGCUGAAUGGCAUCAAAGAGAACUUCUUUAGCUUCCGCGAAAUUAAACUAAUUCCAUGCACCCUUAAUGGACUGUACCUUUACAUUUGUCAGAAGUCCUUUAACAAGAAGCAGUACAUGAAAAUACGACCUGUGCUCAAUAUCCUUCUUGCCUCCUCUGGUUACGUAGACAAGCUGUUUCUCUUCAACUGCUUACGCACCCAUAACUAUACCAUUGACUGUGCAGAGUUCGAAAAACGACUCCAGUUAAUGCGCAACAUCCUUGCAUAUGACUCUAACGCUCAGCGUUUGAAGAUCUUUCACAAUUCCUUCUCCGACUGGCUGGUGGAUGUAAAAUUUGCCACAAAGAAGUUCAUUUGUGAUGUCAAUGAGGGGCAUGUUAUGAUCUCUAUGUACUAUUUGCUUGUGGCAGAUACACUCUGCGCCAACAGCGUACGGCGUUUUUUGAACAGUCGCAAUGUGGACCUGGACUUGAUACUUAUUCUGCUGGAAUCGCGCGUUAAUCUCAGCGACUGUUUCUACACAAAUCACUUGAAUUGUUGUGCUUCGUGUGAGCACGAUUUUAAGUAUGACCCCAACUUUCUGGCAAAGACCCGAUCGAUGGUUGAAAAGUUUUUAACCAAUGACUUGAGCGAUGAGUUUUCGCAGUUCUUGUACGACUUUUUUAAACCUAGCUUACCUACUGACGCGAAGACACUGAAGCUGCUUAUUGAGACGGGCAUCAACAAUGCUGAGACCCAAAAUUCGUGCGAAUCGUCACUUAUGUCACCGGAACUAUCGGACAAGUCGCAGAACAUUGAUUUUGAACUUGCUGACUUGCUGCUCUCCAGUGAGAAAUCGUGCAUUCUGGAAACUCAACGCGCCACUAGUCCCUUGGAGAAGAGUGAGCCACAUCAUGAAAGUCAAGAUGAAAAUGCUUCGAGUACACUUCAUCAGCUAUCCGACUCCAAUCACAUUGAACUUCACAAGGGCAAGGCACUCAUCCACAUCCUGGCCAACGAUGGCAAUCAUCAGCUGCUAGAGCGCGCGCUGAACGUCUGCAAGAGUCCCAUCGAUUUAGAGAUCGAGGAUUAUAAUGGACAGACAGCACUUAACAUAGCCGCUCGCAAUGGUCAUUUGGAGAUUGUUAAGCUUUUACUAAGUUUUGCGCAACCCUGUAACGAUGGCACGGGACGCAUGAAACGUGUCGAUGUUAAUCAUGCCGAUAGGGAUGGAUGGACUCCUUUACGCUCGGCUUCCUGGGGUGGUCAUACGGAGGUAGUUAAGUUGCUUAUCGCGCAACCCGCGUGCAAGAUAGAUCUUGCCGACAAGGAAGGACGCACAGCGUUACGAGCAGCUGCGUGGAGUGGCCACGAAGAUAUACUUAAAAUACUUAUCGAGUCGGGCGCCGAUGUAAAUUCGGUAGACCGACAAGGUCGCACCUCGCUCAUUGCUGCUUCCUACAUGGGACAUUACGAUAUUGUUGAGAUUCUGCUUGAUAAUGGCGCAAAUGUGAAUCACGGUGCAGACCCCGAUCUGGCCGAUUUCAUGGGUCGUACGCCACUCUGGGCUGCGUGUACGGCUGGCCAUGCCAACGUUGUGAAGCUACUGUUGUUCUGGGGCUGCGGCAUCGACUGCAUGGACUCCGAGGGGCGCACAGUACUGAGCAUUGCUGCCGCGCAGGGAAAUGUAGAAACAGUUCGUCAAUUGCUGGAUCGCGGCCUCGAUGAGACCCAUCGAGACAAUGCAGGCUGGACGCCACUGCACUAUGCUGCUUUCGAAGGUUUCCAUGAGGUGUGCGUGCAGUUGCUGGAGUCAGGGGCCAAGAUAGACGAGUGCGACAACGAGGGCCAGACGGCUCUACAUCUAGCUGCCCAAGAGGGUCGACUGCGUUGUGUGCAGGUGCUGCUCGACAUACACUCGACAUUUGUGGAUCAAAAGGCGCACGAUGGUAAGACAGCCUUCCGAUUGGCCUGUCUCGAAGGUCAUCUGGAGACAGUAGAGUUUCUGCUCAAGUUUUGUUGCGAUGUGAACUCGAAAGAUGCGGACUCGCGCACUACCCUCUACAUAUUAGCUCUAGAGAACAAGCUGGAUAUUGUAAAGUACCUGCUGGACAUGACUAAUGUGGAUGUUAAUAUACCGGACAGCUCGGGACGCACGACUUUGCAUGUGGCUGCCUGGCAAGGACAUGUCGACAUGGUCAAUUUGCUCAUCACUCUGGGCAAUGCAGACGUCAAUUCCAUGGAUCUGGAGGCACGUACGCCUUUGCACUCAUGCGCCUGGCAGGGCAACCAUGAUGUCAUGAAUAUUCUACUCUACUUUGGUACGGUUGCCGAUCAUGCCUGCAAGCAAGGUGCUACUGCGCUCGGCAUUUCCGCACAAGAGGGUCAUGAGAAGUGUGUUAUCGCGCUGCUUCAGUAUGGAGCCAAUCCCUACAAGUCCGACCAUUGCGGUCGUACGCCCAUCAAGCUGGCCGCUAAGUCGAGUCGCACCAGCAUCCUUAAGAUCUUCGAAAACUAUACCAAAAAUGAAGCUAAUAAUCCCAUCGAAUCGAAAUUCCAUCCCUGCAUGUUGCGCUCACCUGACCAGCCACCCGCUUUACCCUUGCACCAAAACCUCGCACUGCAACCCGUGCCGUAUCCGGCUCAUGCCUCUGCCUCAUCCGUUUGCUCGGCGGCCACCACAGCCACCGUACACAACGGCAACAAUCUGCAGGCUCUCAACGCGUCCACCUCGACGCACAGCUCCAACAACUUCUACCAAAACACCAUGCAAUCGGAUGCGAGCAGCUUGCAUAAACGCAAGAGCGUCAUUUCUAGUCAAUCGACGGGCAGCAGCAAUGAUCAAGCGCCCCUCACCUUCACACAGCAAUUGCAGCGUCAAAGCAAACUCAGCUCACGCAAUAAUCCCUUCGUGCAGAACGCACCGAUGGUCAGCUCGAAGCAUGGAGGCGCUGCAUCCUCAACGUCGGCAGCAUCAACAUCGGGCCACAAGUCAGGAGGAGUCUCACAUCAGCGUCACUCCCAAGUAUUGCCCGAUCUCAGCGAACAUCAGUUGGCGAGCAACAUGACGAACGAUGCGGAUUUGUAUGACAUGGAGUGCAUGUCGCCGCUCUAUGCUACGCCCACGCACUCGCCUAGCAGCGAGUUGAGCUCGCCAGGUCAGCUGCCGGCACUGAAUGCCUUUGUGGAUGAUGAGAGGGCGGGUGCAAGUGGCGGCAAGCCUGCCUUGCCCGAUAAUCAUUUUGCACGCGACAUUCACAUGCGCAUUAUCCUGGGAAACUUGAAGGAGAACCAGCCCAGUUCAUCCAGGUAG